CAUAAGACAUAACCUCGGUUCCCUAUUUGUAGUAUUUUCUUUCACUGCAAAUAAUCAUUCGUAUUUUAUAUUUAUCAUUAAAUAAAAUAGCCUCAAAAUGCGGCUGAGUUCCGUUCUUUUUACCGCGCCCACCGGCAAGAGUGCCAGGAGGUAUCAAAGAGAACCAGUCCCAUUCCAAAUGCUUCUGCCAUUAGAACUGAAGAAAACCGUAUCAGGCAAGAGCGACAAGUUAAAAGAAGCUGCCUGUAUGCAAGAACUGGCUGUUAUGUUCGCGUGCUUUAAGAAAAAUGAGUUCGACCAGCAACAGUGCUUGAAGGAAAUCACAGAGUUCCAGGGAUGUUAUAAAGAUUACAAUCAGAGAAUGUCCAGCCAAAGAGAACACGGCAAGAAAGGUAUUUUGGUACCAGGGGAAACUAAAUUGACGCAUAGACAAAUGAACCAGUUGCUGAAAGCCUUUCCUCCUAAGAAGAAUUAGUGUUAAUAACUUAUUUUUGUGAUUUCUGACGGACACUCAAGAUAUAUAAGUACUAGUUUGUUAAUGUGAAUAUAGAUUUAUUUGAAACUUG